AAUUUGUUACUGGAUUGCGAUUAUUUUGUGAUUUUCAACAAUUUUUUAGGUAAUUUUGAAAACGUCGUUAAUGUGAAGUGGUAAAAUGAAGCGUCGUAAAACAGGGCCUACUUGUAUAUGUGCUAUAUAUACAUACAUGUUUAUGUAUAUCUAUGCUUAAAUUUACCAAGUAGGAGGUAAGAGUUCACACUAUAAUUAUAGGUAAACCUAGGUAUCUUUAGGUAUCUUAAAUAGGUAUCUACAUGCAUUUUCAGAAAAUAAUACAAGACGUAAUUAGAACAGAAUGCAGCCAGAGGCUGCAAAAGUUCAGAGCUCAGACGCCAAGAAGCGUCCAGGCAUUACUGCCCUCAACAGGGCUCCUCCUACUAGCAGAUGACAUUAUGCCUGAAACCUACACAUUUAUGAAGCAGCAUAUUGUGGGGCGCAACGUGCCAAACAAGAUGUUUGAUUUAGUUCUGUGCCCAGAGAUUCUCGUCAGAAUAGUGAUAAAGACAGAAAACCUCAACCGGUUGGAGGCAGACCUACUUGUGCACAAGGCUGGCUCAACUGCACGUAAAAUCUCAAAAGCAACAUAUUAGGCAAAUCAAUCACAGUUAUAUUUCUGCGCUCCUUCCUCCCGUAUGCUGUGAGGGCCGAGCUGUAGAUAGUGUCACGAAGUUGAAGCCACUUGGAAUGGACGGUGACGUCACUGGUUGAGAGGGUCUCCAUUGCCGUUUGGAAAGUGUCCAUGAACCUUUGGAUUCUUUCAGGGUUGUUGGUGCAGCAGGCGUUAAUGCGUGGACGGCCUUUGGUUUUGACGUCGUGAAUAUUCUUAGGCGACACCCUCACUUUGCUUGCAAC